CACCUCGCGCACUUCCAGACGACGCUCGGUCUGGAAAGGAAGGACAGGAGGACGAUCCAUGACAAAUCAGAUUUCGAUGCUGUCUGGAUGAUAAAAAAAACCUCUUGGUUUAUUAGCAUGACGUUUCUCUAAUUACUGUUUAUUCUGCUCGUGCGUAUUGACGAAUGAUUUUAUGCGUUGCUGUUGCGAAGUACAGUCCAUAAAGAAUAGAAUAUAGACGUGGAUGUGACAUCCUCCCCAAGGAAAAAAAACAAACCCACUCGGGAUGUCCAUAUUAAGAUUCGCCGCCAACAGGUUGCUAUGGCAACGUAGCUGCUUGCCCCAAUGGACGAGCAGGCAAGCACACACCGCCGCGGAGGAAACGACAACGUGCCCCUUCAACGUCGUGGGAAACAAUGGACUCAAGUGGUGGGAACUCCGAAGUCCUGCACAGAAAGUUCUCAGUCGAAUUCAAAGUGUGUUGAGUCGUCUCCCUGCUGCGGAUCAGGUGGCCAGAGAUUUUGUUGACCUCAUCUAUGCCAUACGAGACCCAGAUACUGGGUUCGUUUCCGACUUUGUGAAUCUUGAGAAACGUUUAUUUCUUGAAUUGACAAUGGCUGGUGUUCUUGAUGUCCGGAUUGGAUGCAUCAACAAGGAAUCGUCCCACACUACGAAUCAAGAGGCAGAGCAACUUAUUCAUGCUGCUAGCUCCACCACCUCUGUUAUCCUCAGGACGGACAAUAGCAUGCAGCUUUGGCGACUGUUUGAUACCCCUCUUUAUAAGCAACUUGUGAGGGGACAAAAUGUUUUAUAUAGAACGUCUUUAAAGUAUGUUGAGGAAAAAGAAGAGGAAAUACGAAGAAGGAAAGAGCUGAAUAAUAGCAGUGAGUUACUGGAUGACGGGCCUGUCACGGUGCUUGAGCAUUUUCUGAUGAUGAGCGGUUUGGAUAAAAAAGACAUUGUGAGUGUUGUGUGUGACACUCUCCUUGCUGGUGCUGACACAGGUGCUUUCAGCUUAUCCUAUAUUCUCUACAAUCUAGCCACUAACCCAGAGAAGCAAGAAAUCUUGGCAGAAGAAUCUAAAACAUUACUAGAAGAAUCAGGUGGAAAAGUAACAUCAAAGGUCUUAGCCAAGUCUAGGUACUUGAAAGCAACUGUCAAAGAGUCAUUCCGUUUACAUCCUGUAUCGGUGGGAGUGGGACGAAUUACAAAUCAAGAUACAGUCAUCAGAGGAUACAGAAUACCAAAGAAUACAGUCAUAGUGACACAGAAUCAAAUCUCCUGCCGGCUUCCCGAGUAUUUUCCUGAUCCUGAAGCAUUCAUUCCUGAACGCUGGUUUGUCAAAGGGGAGAUUAAUCCCUUCUUGGUUCUCCCGUUUGGACACGGACCACGAGCGUGUAUCGGGAGACGUAUGGCCGAGCAAAAUAUGUAUACUGUGAUUAUUCAGCUGAUUUCAAAAUUUAAGAUCAGGUGGACUGGUGGUGACCUAGACUGCUACUCCAACCUCAUCAAUGAGCCAGAUUCACCGUUGGAUUUCACUUUUACUCCAAGAACUUGAAUGGAAAGUUCUUUUUCUCAUUUUCAGCUUGUUUAUAUACCUUUUUUUUAAGAUAAGUGUCUCAGCAAUAAUUCUGUAUUCUAAAACAUUGCUGAUUUUAACUAUGGAAACUGAAACAUACUUUGAUAAGAAUUUUGCAUGUAUGUGUCCAGUAUUAGCAUUUUUUUCUAAUUAAAAUAUACAGUAUGCAGAAGACUGAGGCUUGAAACAAAUUAUAAUAAAGUGUGUGUAUACUCUUAAA